CAUUUCACAGCUAGUCAGCACGAUACAGAGGAGAGAGAGAGGAAAAAGAAAGCAUUUUAAGAAAGACAAAUUCCUGCCCAGAGGAGUCUACAGGACAGUCUGUCACAUAGAUAUAAGCAUGGCAGGCAGCAGCUUUGAGACUGAGUUCCUAAAGACUCACAAUGCACUUCGCAAACAGCAUGGAGCCCAGCCCCUCACCAUAAACAAAAACCUGUGUCGCUCCGCACAGGCAUGGGCAGAACACCUGCUGUCAAUCAGGACCCUCAAGCACAGCAACAUGGACUAUGGGGAAAAUCUGUAUUAUGCUUGGAGUUCGGCAACCAAAAAACUCACAGGGUGUGAGGCAGUGGAAAGCUGGUACAGUGAAAUUAAAGACUACAGCUUCAGCAGGCCAGGAUUCAGCUCCAAAACAGGUCACUUCACACAGGUGGUGUGGAAGGAUACAAAUGAGAUGGGAGUUGGACUGGCCACUGAUGGAACCACAACUUUUGUGGUGGGUCAGUAUCUUCCUGCAGGAAACAUCACCAAUGCUGGCUGUUUUCAGCGGAAUGUCUUACCAGCAGGUUCCCCUGUAGACUUAAAGUCCACGGGUACUGCUGACAAAGGGGGCCAACUGCAUGGAGCAUCUGAUAUCCAUUCAAACAGACCACAAUUCCUUCCUCGCAGUACAUUACCAUCAGUGGGCAGGAUGGAGGCUCAUCUGGGUAGCAGCUCAAAGGACAGCAGAUUUGAGGCUGAAUUCCUACAGACUCACAAUGCAUACCGCAAAAAGCAUGGAGCCUCACCCCUCGGCAUAAACAAAAGCCUCUGUCGCUCCGCGCAGGAGUGGGCAGAUCACCUGCUGUCAAUCAAGACCCUUAAGCAUAGUAAUGGAGAACAUGGAGAGAAUGUGUACUAUGCCUGGAGCUCAGCUACUAAAAAACUUACAGGACAAGAAGCAGUGGAAAGCUGGUAUAGUGAAAUUAAAGACUACAACUUCAGUAGACCUGGAUUCAGCUCCAAAACAGGUCACUUCACACAGGUGGUGUGGAAGGACACAAAGGAGGUGGGAGUUGGAUUGGCCACAGAUGGAAAAACAACAUUUGUGGUGGGUCAGUACCUUCCUGCAGGAAACAUCAGCAAUGAUGGCUAUUUUGAAAGAAAUGUCCUACCAGCAGGCUCGCCUGUAGACUUAAAAUCCACCCAUUCUGCUGACAGACUUGGACAAGCACUUGGUGCUCUCAGCAUCAGGCCAAAUCCAUUGCCUUCACCAACUCGCACUGCUGGACCACCACAUAAAAGUCAGACCCCACAGAGCAGUGGCUCAAAAGGUGAGGACUUUUCCCAGUUUUGUCAAUCUCUCUUUGAGGCUCAGAAUCAUUAUAGGCGGCAACAUGGGGCACGGCCUCUCUUGCUGUGCCCCAUCCUCUGUAAAGAGGCUCAGGAUUGGGCAGCACAUCUGAUUAGCAUUAACGCCAUGAAGAACAGCGGCAAAGGUUAUGGCGAGAAUAUGUCAUACAAAUGGACGUCCAAUAUAGUACCUCCAACUGGAAAAGAGAUUGCUGAAUUGUGGUACAAGGAAAGUGCAAAGUACAACUUUGCAAACCCUGGCUUUCAAAGUGGAGCUGGUAACUUCACCCAGAUGAUCUGGAAGUCUACAGAGCAAGUUGGGGUUGGCCUGGCAUCAGAUGGAAAGGGCAAGUUCAUCACUGUGGCCUUUUACAAACCUCCUGGGAACAUCACCAACCCUGGAUACUUCCAGGAUAAUGUCAACACUGCUAGGAAGUGAUCUGUGGAAAAAAUAAGUUUAAGCAGAUCUUAUUACUUUUAAUUGUAACUACAAAUAUGUGGAAAUAAGGGAAUUUAUUCAAAACAUUACUUAUGAGAUGUAAACAAAAACUCUACACAAUUUUCCAAAUAUAUUUUGCAUAUACAAAUAGAAAUCAUUAGUUCGCAAUUGUCAAGUUAACUGCAAUACUUUGAGAAAACAGUAUACAGUAUUUGUUUUAUUGGUUCUGAUGCAUUUUCUCCUUGUUGGCAUUUAUUUGUUCACAGUACAUUCUUGUUGUCUAUGCAUAUAGAAUUGUUAAGAGACAUACACAUACAUAUGAUUUAAAGGGAAUUGAUUAUUUAUCUUUUUUAAUUAAAUAACCUAAAGCAAAUAUUUUUUCUGUGAAGUUAGUUAUCUUAAAUACAGUACAGUAUAUGUACUACGGAGUGACUGAUUUAUCAUGAUUUGUCAUCAUGUGAUAUGCAAACAGUCAUACCAUAUUAUGUUUCAAGCAUUUAUAGGUCAAUCUGUGACAUACUCACUGCUUUAUGGCAACAAAACUUUGAAAACAUCACUCACAAAACAUUAAAAAAA